AUGCCCCCCAAACAAGCAAAGCCCGACUCGCGGGCAACGACCCUCCUCUUCAAGAAGCAUAAGAGCACCGUCCUCCUCUCCCUCCAACCACAUGAACCCCUCACGGCCGUUAAAGAGAAGCUACUCGAAGCUUUCCGAUCGCGCAACAUGACUGAAAUAAACGGAGAGCCUGUUCCUUCUGACUCGGCACUCAUCGAGUUUGGCGUACCCGUGGACCGAAGUGAUCUUGAGAAAGGAUGGAGACUCCUACCGACGGAUGGAGAAGAUGCAACGAAGACAACUGCGGGAAAGAGAGCCUCUUCCGGCACUUUGCUAGCUGCAGGUCUCGACAAUGGCCAUCUAGUUGCAUUCCGUUUCCGCAGCCCGGGUGAUGUUCAAGGAAGCGACGAGGUCGAUGCAGAUGUUGACUUGAACGAUCCUGGCUGGGAUGUGGUUAUUCCCAGCUUCGAAGAUGAGGAGGAAUAA